AUGUCGUAUCGCGGUUCUGGAUACAGAGGACCGGGAGACCGAUCGCGUUCGCCCCCGCGCUUUGCUGACCGUCGCCCGUCGAAUGCGAGCAUCUUUGACGGCAGACAUCCUGGGCCACCACCCCGAAACGCCUCUGACGCGCCAAGAGGUCCUAGAUCGCAAUUUGACGGGCCUCCAACGCGGGGGCCACCUCCUGGCGGCUUAGGCUCUGGAGGCGCACCACGAACUUUGCGCGAUGCACCACCCUUGGGAACGACUGAUCGCUCGCGGUCAUUCAUCAGAGAGCGCGAUUAUCCAGACCGUCGCGAACGCUCACCACCGCCGAGAGAGAGGUCGCCGCCAAGGAAGUUCCCAGAGCCGCGGGACUUUCCUCCACGUGAUCUCGAUGUGAGAAGCGCGCGGAGAGCGUCGCGGGAUGGGCCGCCUUCCGCUGGCUCAAAUUACUCCGACAAUCCCCCAUUGUCCUCAUCUCGGGGAGGUUUCGGGGGGCGAGGUCGCGGUCGUGGUGAUUUCUUUGAUAGAGGCAGCACUCGUGGAGGCAGACGACCUUUCGAUGAUCGAGCAGACCUUUUCCGUCGUGAGCGUAGUCCGCCACCGCGCUUUGGUCGAGAUCUAUCACGGGACAGCAGAGAUGCUGAGCGUCGAGACGAGAGGAGAUUUGAACGUCGCGAAGAUGAGAGACGGCCUGAAUGGCUUGACCGAGAGCGUGAACGAGAGCGAGAACUCGAUCGACCAAGAAGAGACCCACCGGUUGGCCGGCUGGAAUCACGAAUGUCGACUGAAUCCGUCCCGACGAGCGCAACACAUCAAUCUGCACAAUCACUGCCCAUUAACCCUGAGCGGCUAGCAAUUCUCGAAAGCUCAGGAGCCGAUACUUCAAUCCGUAGGCCAUCUUCGGCUUCAAUAGCUGCUCCCAAGAGGGAAACGCCGUCAGAGACACCGGCAUAUCUCAACGGGCGUGCCGAUGCAACAGCGAAUCGAUAUGGCUCUCGUGGCUCGUCGCCUCCCACUCAAGCACCACCCGUGCCCGCCUUUAGCUUCUCCGUUGCACCAAGUGCUGCAGCGCAUCAAGUUGCACCGGGGUCAAAAUCUACGGCUGAAUCUCGAUCACUAUCGUUGACAGACGAGCGUCCUGCGGUAGAGGAGCAGAAGCCUGCUCUCGAUGACAAGUCAGCACCGCCAGCCAACGCGCCUACUGCGCCAAAGGCUGCUCCUUCUGCACCCAAAGCACACCAUGCAAGCCCACCGCCGACUGCUCCCAAAGCUCCCCGGGCCCUCGAGAUUGAAUCAACAAUCCCGGCGUCUAAUAGACUUCAGGGCGUAAGAUCAUUGGAGAACCUGGCAGGGCCCAACAAUCAGGCUGUCUCGCAGUCUGCACCAGUGCCUCCAUCGCCACUGUCAUCUCGACAGUCUCUGCCGCAUCUGACAUCUCCUCAUCCGCCGGCUGUGCCCCGUCAUGCAGAUGUAACGGCUCCCACUGGCCCAAAGGCGGUGCGUCCCUCGCCUGGACAAAGCAACAUCUCCCCAAGGCCUGCCUUUGCAUCGCCGCGCUCCGACGCUGGUGUCUUCCAACAUGCGAGUGGUAUCUCCCGUGGCCAAACACCUCCGCCUUCUGCACCGUCAGGCCCCCGCAAUCGAUCUUUCAGUGUCUCGCCGAAGGUUCAAGCGUCAGUGAUACCAACAGCCCCUAAAGCAGCUCGAGCGUCGGGGCCUCCAAGGGGUGGGGAUCGCACCAUGCCUCCCCAGAGCCGUCCACCAGAGAGACAUGCUGCUAUGCCAUCAUUUGCGCCGCCUAUUGGUCCCAAGAUGUGGCACCAAUGGAGAAGACCUGGUGCACCUGGCUACAUGGAAAAGUCUUGCCCUGCUAUACCCGCGAAGAGAGACUCGAACGGAGACGAGAAAGAUAAGGCACCAUCUGGUCAUCCUCAGUCUUCCGUCAAAAACCACACUGGUCCUCCAGAUGUCCAAGCCAAGUUGGAGGAUCACGACAGCGCUGCACCCAGCACUCUGAACACUAGCCAUGAAGACAGGAUGGACAUUGACGAGCCUCCGAGGCGUAAGUCUAACCAUAACGAAAGCCAAGGUCAUUCUGCAAGGCAGUCAUUCUUCGGCAAACGGAUCGAGAAAUCUGAAGAUGAGAUCGCCUCGUCCAGCGAGGAUGACCUUUCCGAAGAUGAGGACGAAACACUAUUGGAAGCCAAGCAUGCGCGCAAAGAACGACAGCUCAAGGAGCAGAUGGUAGACCUGGGUGAACGACAGUAUCGUGCAAUGACUCCACUGGAGUCGAUUGCUCGCUUGGCUCGAUUGACGACCAACGAUUUGGAGCGAGUCGCAGCUCAACGCGACGACGACAUGGAUGUAGAUGACGAUGUCGCCGACGCCCCACUACCCGUUCCGGCGGUAGUGCACACUUCAGAAUCUGAUGAUGGCCCCGACAUUCCAACACCGCAAGGUGAUGAUGCUGCUGGUGCUUCGGUUCGCAAAGACGCCACAGAUGUCGUUCCACGUAUUCGAAGGCCUACACCUGAGGUCAUCUCGCUUCCAUACCUGUUCAAAGGGGAGGAAGCACCGCCUCUUCAUGAAGAUGACGCCUUCCAAGACAACCUCAAGUCCCUGGAGGAGCCCGGUGACGAAGUCAUGGCCGUUCUUGAGGAAGAGAUUGAGGCCGAAGCUGAAGCUGCGUCGAACAUAGAGCAGGACUUCGCCGAACUCUAUCGGGCGUGGCGAGAAGAAUGCGAAUCGUUGGAUAAAGUCAAAGAAGACGCCGAGAAAGACCGUCAGCAGUCCGCAGAACCGGGGCCUGAAUUCGAUGCUGCUCUCACCGCUCCCAUCAAUCCUGUGCUUGAGGGCAGGAGACUGCACAAGUACAGCAGUGAAUAUGCCCUGGAGCAGGUGCUGAAGCAAUCAGAGGAGACUGCGCGCAUCGAACAGGAGAGGCAAGAUCGUGAGGCCAAGAAAGUACAGGCCGAUAUGGAGAAGGAAGCGAGACUGCCUGAUCAACUGUGGCCUCAGGAAGCGGCUCGCUAUAACUUCAUCAACGCCAACAGACUCCGAGAGCCCGAGACACUCACACAGGUCUUCUCUUACCUGCCACCAGCCGACACCUUCACAGAUAAAGAGCAAGACGUCUUUAUUGCGGCCUUCAAGGAGACGCCGAAGAAAUGGGGCGAGAUUGCGUCGCUUCUGCCUGGCCGCACUUACAAGGAUUGCAUCCACCAUUACUAUGCCUUCAAGUGGGACAACCGUUUCAGGGACAACAGAGGCAAGAAGCUCAAGGGUGGUCGCAGAGGCAGGGGUGGCAAAGGCUCCCGCCCUUCACGAGGCUCGGCGCUCAUGGCAGAUCUUAGGGGCGGCGAAGAGCUUGUUGCAACAAGUGACACAACGACUGGACGACCCAAGCGCGCUGCUGCCCCUACCACAUUUGGCGAACGUGAAGUAGAGUCCAAGAGCUUGCUCGCCAACCCGUCCCCUGCCAAGAAACUUGGGCCUGGGUCCAAAGAGGGCAAUGGUGAGAACGGCGAGAAGCCCGCAAAGAAACCUCGACGUACUGGCGAUGCAAAACCUGGCAGGAAAGGAAAGACUCAGUUGGCUGCGCUGGCCGCCGCGCCCUCAACUUCACCCAACAAGCCAUUCUUACCGCCAGGCGUGCAUACCCAGGAGGAGAUGGCGCGAGCACAGAGUCUAGAAGAUGCCAACCUUCUAGCAAACCUGCAAGCAGGGCCAUCUCUGAUCCCAGACCAAGCCACGGCGAUGAUGUUCGACCAAGAACGCUUCAACCACAUGACAGAGGGACCAGAUCGGCCGAGACCGACCGUGUCAGCCCCUAAGACAGGUGCUUCGAGCUAUUGGUCUGUGCCUGAGCAGACGGACUUCUUCAAAUACAUUGAGCACUUUGGUACUGAUUUCGGUGCUAUCGCUACCCACAUGGGGACGAAGACACAGACUAUGAUUAAGAAUCAUUAUCAGCGUCAGAUUGACGGGGGUCGUGGUGACCUCGAGAAAGCUGCAAUGGCGGCCAACACGCGCCGCGAGGCUGGUGUGGAUAUUGGUCCACCACCAACCCCAACUCCCAUUGUAAAGCGAAAGUACGACAACCCUCAAUCCAGCACUCCGCGGACGAUUGCACCACAGACCGAAGCAGGGAAUAUAGAAGAGGCGAUGCCACCUUCACAUGCAGUACCGCCAAAGCACGCCUCUCCUCCGCAAGCUGCGUACCAGCCCAAACCCCAGUACUCGACUUCAGCCCAGAGCACACCGAUCCCUGCCCAGAGAGCGGUGCCCAGUCCGCUACCAGUUGCGUCAACGCCCGCUCCAGCCCCAAUGCCGGCUGCUGCUCAUCCUCGCGGAGGCCUGCAGCAUCCACUUGGAUCUCGACGUGGAUUCCUGACGUCCGAAUCUCGACCUGGUGCUCAACCGCCAUCUCCGUUUAGAUUGGGACAAGAACAAGCGACACCUGCAGCGGCACCGCGAAGUCAACCCCCACCGGCGCAGCCUACACGUACGCUUUCGAACGUGUCAAAUGAGUUCAUGAACAGCCUACGACAAGAGCAGGAGCGUGCGUUGAGGAUGCAAGCAGAGUACGAUACCGAUCCACGUGUUGAGCAACUCCAGCAACAACCGCCGGGCCAUAUUCCUCAUACUCAUGGCUCUCCUGCCAGCCAACCGAUUGCGGCGCCUCCGCCAGACCGCAAACCACUCAUGGAGGAGCGCGCCCCAACACCGCCACGAGCUGGAUUCCCGCCCAUUGCCUCCACUCGUCAGCCUCUAUUCGGGCCCAAUGCAGGCCCAAUGCACUCGUUCUCGACACCCUUGCCGCCGUUUGCUGCCCGCGGCAGUUACAAUCAAUCGCCAACGAAGCCGGAAACUUCAAGGCCGGGUUCAGUUCCGACGUCUGCUCCUCUACCACCUCCAGCGCAGGCACCCAUGCCAUCAGCAACGCCGGCGCCUGCUGCUGCUCCCACGCCGGCGCCCGAACCGCCAAAGAGGUCCAAUCUGCUAUCAAUCUUGAACAGCGAGCCUGAGGAGCCGAAGCCAGCUAAGCGCGAUAGUCUGCCCACGCCAAGUCGUGUUGCCUCGCCUGGACCAGCGUCGUUCCCUCCUUCAUCAACACCACAGCCGAUGCCAGGUAUUCAGUCAUCCAGAAGGGAGACGUUCGGACAGCCAUCGAUGCCACACUCUCACUUCCAUCGUCCAUCUUAUUCGCAGACUUCUUCGACACCGGUGCCACCUCCUGCAACACUCAAGCAUGAGCCUUCUUCUGGGGGUAUGCGUCCAAUGCAAUCAGCUCCUAAGCAGGACUGGCCGCCACGUAUGAUGGGGCCUGGUAGCCAUCCAAGUCCGCCAAACCCUACCCCGCUGGACAGAGAUGGGCGACCAGCGUUCUACCAGCCUCACCGCAGCAGUAUGUUGGGACUUGGCACACCGCGAGCUGGACCAUCACCUCCGCCAAACGCUCUACAUUCCCGGACGCCGUCGCUCUCAGCUCAGCAGCAGUCGGCUCCUCCACGGGACCAACGUUCAAUCCUAAGCGGACCGCCCCAGGGAACUCCGCACCAAACGUCUCAACCUUUGCACUCCAACCCGUAUGGAGUUCAGCCACAGCAGUAUCCACCCUUCUCACAAGCGCCGACACAAAUCAAUCGAGCCCAUCACUCACACAACAGCUCGAUCAAUGAAGGGGUGUCAAUUCUGCAACGCAUGCAUGGCUCGCGCGAAGAGGCCAUGCGUUACGAGGAAGAGGCGAGAGCCAACGAAGAACAGCGUGUGAGGCAGAGAUAUGAUGCCAUUCAUGCGGAAAAGCAGCGAGCCGACCAGAUGCUUCACGCUCAGCGAGCCGACCAGAUGCUUCACGCUCAGCGAGUGCAAGAGCAAGAGAUGGAACGACAACGUCAGCAACAACAGCAAGAGCAAAGUUACGGGCGUGGACCGCUCCCACCUCAUGCAAUGCACCCUUCAGGCUUCAGCUCUUCGCCGUUCCCACAGCCCAGAGCGGGCAUCACUCUUCGAGAGCAAGCUGCCAGAGAGGCGGAAACGGCGGUAGCACAGGAGCAGCGACGUUUCCACGAAGAGCAAGAACGGCGGCGUCAAGAACAUCAACAACAGAUGCCUCCCCAGGGCUAUCGAGACGCGCAGACAGAUUUCAGGCGCCGAGCAGACGAUCCGUUGUACCAUCAGCGACGAACAACACCUUACGGAGGACCUCCCUACGCCCCACCUCCUCCGCCGGGAUCGAGAAGAUAG